GGAAGGCGGUUUCGUUCUCGUUUUGGGUCAGUAGUGAAAGCAUUUUAUAGAGCAACAGAACCUGAUCAACGAAUCUUUCUCACUUUUCUCUCUCGCCAUGGCUAUGGCUAUGCAAAGCGGAAUUGGGAUCUCCAAGAUCCUCUUCAUCGCUGGAGCAGGUUACACCGGCACUGUCCUCAUAAAAAACGGCAAACUGUCCGAUUUAAUCGGCGACCUUCAGCUGCUGGUGAAGGGAUUAGAAAAAUCUGGGGAACAGGAAGGUGAAAGUGAAUAUGCUGAUGCAAUAGCUGCUCAGGUGCGUCGUCUGGCAAAUGAAGUUCGGCAAUUAACAUCAAGUAGACCAAUCACAGUACUGAAUGGGGGUUCUGGACAAAGUAAUUUAUCAUCUCUUGUCGUUCCAGCUGCUGCCUUGGGUGCUCUGGGUUACGGUUACAUGUGGUGGAAGGGCAUUUCCUUCUCAGAUCUUAUGUACGUGACUAAACAGAGUAUGGAAAAAGCUGUUGCAGAUUUAACAAAAAAGUUGCAACAUGCCUCUGAUGUGAUCGCUGAUGCCAAGAAGCAUUUGAUCCAGAGAAUUCAGAAUUUAGAUGACAAAAUGCUCAAGCAGAUUGAUUUGGCCCGGUCAACAAAGGAUGAGGUUACUGGAGUUCGAAAUACUAUAACUAGUCUCCAUGAGGACUUGGGUUUCUUGCAACAAACAGUGGAACAAAUGGAUGAAAGGUUGACUACAUUGAGUUCUAAGCAGGAUUAUGCAAAUUAUGGAUUGGCAUAUCUUAUUGACUUUGUACAUGGAAAAGGCCAGAAAAUGCCUGAAAUUUUGCAGCAGGAACAACUGAAAGUUUCGGGGAAGUCCCCUAAUUUGCUCACGUUUAAAGGAGCUCCAAAUGUGAUGGGUCUCAAAGACAUAGCAGAAACGUUGUCUAUUGGUUUAGACAGGUCAGCUUCAGACACUAUCACGGCCAAUGGUGCGGAAAAACUAAACCAGCUACGGAGGCCAUUGUUGAGGAAUUCCUCAACCAGAUGAUGAUAAGGUCUUUAAAUCAUGAUGACCUAGGUUUUAAGCCUUCCUUCUUCACCUUGUUUUUUAUUUAGCAACGACUUUCAAUUCUCUUGUUCAUUAGAUCAUAACAUGAGCUGUUAUGAUUUUUCACAUAUAGAAAUUUACCUCUAUAGCAGUAAUAGACUGUAUAACAUUAUAUUGAAGCUAAUGAAUUGUGAAUCUAUGUUGUAAAUAAAAUUUUGCUAUCAAGAUAAGGUGUACGUUGGUUUGGUGCUA